AUGGAGGCCGCUAUAGCAAAGGCUGUGGCUCCUCUCAGGCAGCAACUUUUGGAGCUCCAGCAAGAAGUUCUGUUACUGAAAGGUACAGUAGGCCCAGCCCUGGAACCAGCAUGCCCUGAGCCAUUUGUGGUGAUGCCAGAGAGGUUUGAUGGUAGCCGUGCAUCAUUCUUGUGCUUCAAGGUGGAUUGCGAGCUGUUGUUUGCUCUUAAGCCUAGGACCUAUGCCACCGAUUAUAUAAAGGUUCGCGCUACUAUCAACCUGCUCACUGGACCAAUCAAAGCAUGGGCUCAUCAGGUACUACAGGAAAGGAGUCCAGUCUUGGACAGCUGGGAAGCAUUUAUGUGA